GUGGAGCGAGCCGGACGUGUCAUGGUCGUCAACCACGGCAGACCACGACGGCAUACCGCUGGUCGUCCGAAGCGGCGACCUGCCGCCAUGCCGUAAUAUGAUCGGAUGCAACAAUGGGGCUGGAUACAAUAAAUUGUUCACUCAGGGCUCAGCAGAUUCAAACUAUUCCCAACCAUCCUCGGAGCUGUCGCUGGACGAAGACAAAGAGGCGCUGCGCCGCGAGAAAGAAGCGCAGGCACUCGCUCAGCUCGACAAGGCACGGUCGAAGCCGGUGGCGUUCGCGGUGCGCACGAACGUGGCGUACGACGCCAACGUGGACGAUGACUCGCCCGUGCACGGCAGCGCGCUCUCCUUCGAGGCGAGGGAGUUUCUACACAUCAAGGAGAAAUACGACAACAACUGGUGGAUCGGGCGGCUCGUGAAAGAGGACGGUGACAUCGGUUUCAUCCCGUCCCCGGUCAAGCUCGAGACUGUGCGGGCGGGGCAGGCGUCCCGCGGGAGGUACCCGCGGCCCGCGUCCGCCGCCAACCUCAACGCGGGCCCGCAACCGCUCCCCAGCCGAGGUAGCACCCCUCCCACGCCCGAUGCCCCCUCCUUCGAUCGAGGUGAAGAUUCAGACUCCGGUCGUGGCAGGGGCGCAGGCGCCUUACCAGCUAGCAAGGAAAAACGUAAACCGUUCUUCAAAAAGCAGGAGGCAUGCACGCCGUACGACGUGGUGCCAUCAAUGAGGCCCGUGGUGCUGGUGGGACCUUCGCUGAAGGGGUACGAGGUCACGGACAUGAUGCAGAAGGCUCUGUUCGACUUCUUAAAGAGGCGAUUUGAGGGCAGGAUAAUAAUAACUCGUGUGAUGGCGGACAUAUCUCUAGCGAAGCGAUCUCUCCUCAACAAUCCGUCGAAACGGGCCAUAAUGGAGCGGUCUAACUCUCGCUCGACCUGCCUCCAAGAAGUCCAGGCGGAGAUAGAACGGAUAUUCGACUUGGCCCGCACUCUUCAGCUUGUCGUGCUGGAUUGCGACACGAUAAACCAUCCGUCGCAACUCGCCAAGACCUCGCUAGCACCGACCAUUGUUUAUCUCAAAAUUUCAAGCCCAAAGGUGCUGCAGCGGCUCAUAAAGUCCAGGGGGAAGGGGCAGAGUAAGAACCUGUCUGUGCAGAUGGUGGCCGCGGAGAAGCUCUCCCAGUGCCCGCCAGAGAUGUUCGACGUCACUCUCGAUGAGAACCAGCUGGAGGACGCCUGUGAACACAUCGCGGAAUAUCUUGAGGCGUACUGGCGCGCCACGCACCCGCCGGCGGUGGCGCCGCUGUCGCGCGCGCUGCCCCACGCCGCGCACCACGCGCCCGCCAGCGCGCACCACACGCAGCCUGGCGGCGGCAGAUCGCGCGCGGCGCGGCCGGAGCGGUUGGAGGAGGAGUAUUAUCCGCGCGAACGCUACCAGCGUUAUCCGCGCGAUCACUACCAGCGGGACCACUACCACGAGGGCUACUCUCACGAGUACCCGCCCCACGGUCAAGCCGAGCCGUACGAGCGUGAGGCGUACGGACAUGAUUAUACACGGGACGCGUACGCGAGGGAAGAUUACGGUCGAGAUUACGGUCGGGACUACAGUCGUGAGGCGGGCUACACGCGGGAGGAGCGUCCGACGCGCGGCCGCGAGCGCGAGCCGGCGGACGAGUACGGCCCGUCGCGGCGCGCGCUGAACGCCGUGUAGCGCCGCGCCGCGUGUGACGUCACGCGUCGCCGCCGUGCGCCGCGGUCGUGUCGCCGCCGCGCCGGACGCCGAGCCUUCGCCGUCGCGGGGACGCCCCCGCCGCUAGUUUCAACGUGGUGCUUUUGAGACCGAUUGUUUUGCGGUUUCGUGUAUCCUUAAUGUUUUAUUGUCGCGCAUUCCUGGGGUGCCGGCUUUCCGAUGCUGAGCUUUGUGUCGCGCUUGCGGCCUUAUUACGUGUUCGCGGAAGAGCGGGACGGACCGCUACGUGUGAAAGAGACGCGGGCUGUGGCGACUGAACCGCUCGCACCUGACGGUACGGAGCUCGCGUCGAUUGUAUAAAUUUUACAUAAAUAUAAUUUUAGUACCGUUAGAUAUUAUCUGUUUCCCAUUUUUUGAACAUACUCUGUAAUUAUAUUGCAUCGUCUGUACUUCA